AUUAUAAAUACUUUUUAAAAAAAUAUUUAUUUAUUUUUAAAAUCAUUGUUUUUUUUUACAUUAGUAAUAAAAAAUAUUAAUAUCAAUUUAUUUUCUUUUUUUUUCUCAACAUUAAAAUUUUAGAGUUUUAAAUAUUCGAAUAAUUAGUAUUAUAAUAUCCAAUAAUAUAAAAAAAAUAGUAAUAAUAUAAUAUAAUAAUAAUAUUAAUAAUAAUAAUAUAAUUUAGUUUUAUAAAAGUAAUUAAUAAGCCAUUUUCCUAUCAUAGAACAUAUUAUUAAUUAUAUAAUUAGUAAUAACGAAAGAAAUAUUUUUUUUUUACAAAAAACAAACACAAUUAACAAAAGCUUAACAUUCUCACACUCUCACACCUUUUUUUUAACUAAAUAAUUUUUUUUAAAAAAACACAACCCACAUUUUAUUUCAUUUCAUUUCCAUUUCACUUUAUUUCUUUCUUUCUUUCUCUUUUUUUUUUUAAAAAACAUAUAAAUUUAACAAUAUAAAUUUUUUUUAAAAAAAAAUCUCUAAAAUAAAUAAAAUAAAAAUGGAACCAAUUUUAAUCCCAUCACAACAUAAUAGAUUAAAUAUCCCAACUGAACCAAACGAAGAUGAAUUUAAUUACAAGUCUGAUGAAUUCAAAGGUCAAUUAAAUAUAGAUUCUUUUGAAAUUCUUUCAAAUAUUGGUAGUGGUUCAUAUGGCGAAGUAAAUUUGGUCAAAGAAAAAAAUUCACAAGAGGUAUAUGCAAUGAAAAAAAUAUUUUAUGUAGAUGUAAAUGACUCUGAAUUGGUUAAAAAAAGAGCAUUUAGAGAAAGAAAUGCAAUGGUUACUUGUAAUAAUAAAAAUAAUAAAAGGGCACCAAAACUAUUUUGUUCAUUUGUAGAUAGUAUCGAAGGUGUUUUUUAUUAUGUCAUGGAGUAUAUUCCAGGUGGUGACUUUAAUACAUUUUGUUAUGACCGUCUUGUUGAAGGUAAAAAGUUUACAGACGAAGAAAUUAAAUUCUAUAUUGCCGAAUUAGUUUGUUGUUUAGAAUCUUUCCAUUCAUACGGGCUUCUUCAUAGAGAUGUCAAGCCAGAGAAUAUAUUGAUCAAUAAAGAUGGCCACCUUAUUCUUGGUGACUUUGGUUCAUCAAAACAAGCCGUUAAUACUACAAGCUCCUCAGGUUUCUCUUUCUCAGGCUCCCCAUCAAGUGCUGGUAGUGGAUCCCUUGGUUCAAGAUCAUUUGAUAAUACUCCACCAAAUUUUUCAUCUUUUUUAAGAAAUCCAAAUAAUUCCUAUACUUCUUAUAUUGGUACCCCUCAAUAUAUGGCCGUUGAAGUGGUUCAAGGUGUUAACUAUUCCAAACUUUGUGACUAUUGGUCAUUAGGUGCAAUUCUUUUCGAAUUGGUUACCGGAACUGCUUUAUUUGUCGAAUCACCUGACACUACAGAACAAAAAAUUAGAGAAAAUAUUGGAAAUUGGAGGGGUUUAUUGAAUACUGCCAUUCAAAAAAGCCAACCAAAUAUUUCUAAAGUAGCAGAAUCUUUAAUCAGAGAAUUAAUUUCACCAGAAAGAAAAAGAAUUGAUGCCACAGGUAUUAAAAAACAUCCAUUCUUUGAAGGUAUAGAUUGGGAAGGUAUGCUUAAUCUCACUGUUGAACCACCAUUCAAACCAACAAUCGAUAAAAACUAAAUCAUAACCAAUAAUAUAAAUAUACACAAAUUUUAAAAAAAAAAAUUCAAAAAAAGAAAAAAAAACAACUUUGAUGUGGGGCAACUUUUUUCGCUCAAUAGCCAAUUUAUAAAUAAUCAGUAUAAAGAGAUUCAAAUAAUAUUUUUUACGCAAUAUAAUUUCAAUCACCUUUUUUUUUUCCAAUUAACCACGAUAUCAUUCUUAACUCUGUGAAAUUUAAUAGUUACAUAGCGUAUACGAAACAAAAAAUUAUAAACGAAAAUAAAAUAUAAUUAAAAUAAAAAUAUC